GGAUGCACUGAGCCCGCGCAGCCAUGGCCUCGGUAGGGGCGGAGAGGCGGCCGGGAUUCCAGGAGGCGACGGUCGUGGGGCAGGCACUGCUCGUGGAGGACCCUGGCCGCGCUCAGACCUCUGAGUGUCCAGUGACGGGAGACCAGUUCCUGGUGCCAGCAGACCAGUUCCUGGUGCCAGCCCAUGAGGCCCGCAGGACCCAGGGUGAAGACCAGCCCCCAGCAGGAGCCGCUUCAGAGCCGGAGCUCCAGGAGGAAGGACCCCACCUGGAGGAAGAGGGGCCCAAGCCGGAGGCUGGGGCGCUAGAGGAGAGAGGGCCCAGGCCCGUGGUCUCUGUAAGGCCCGGUCAUGGUCCAAAGAGGAAGCCUGUCAAGUCCCUCAGCCUCCCGGGCCACCGUGCCCAUUUGAGGGCUGAAGCUGAGCUGCCACCCAGGCUGCUGCUGCAGGAGGAGGAGCCAGAGGGCAGCCAGAGUGAGGUCUCACCAUCUGCCAAACAGCACAAAAAAGCCAAGAAGCGCAAGAGCCUGGGGGCUCCUGUGAUCCACGCUUCGGCCAGCACAGUCUCUGCACCCUUAGAGAUGUUGGGGCUGGAGCGAAAGGCCCAGCGCCUUCGGCCCCUGUACCAGUACAUCAACUAUUGCAACCCUGAGCUGAACCAGGUUGGGGAGAGGGACAGGGAGGCCGAGGUGGAUGCAGAGGCAGAGCUGGCCCUGGUUCCUGAGGAGGCAGGUGUGGAGCAAUUGCAGGCCUUGCUGCCCUUGGCAGGUAAGCUGGGCCCGGGCCUCACUUUGUCCUGUCGCAGUCCGUUAGUGCCCCCCACCCAUGCUUUGGCUCCCCUUGGAGAGGAGGCUGGAGAAGAGCCUGGGGGCCUGCCCAGCUUGGGGGUGAGUGACCACCUCAAGGCCGAGGUGGAGAAGUCAACCCAGGUGGACAUCGACAAGAUGCUGAGUGUCUGCACUUCUCCGCUUGUCCACCCGCUCUCUCCUCAGUACAAGUGACUGUCCCGCCCCACUGGUGGCUCCCCUCCUUCCAAGCCUGAACUUGGCUUCAGGCUUCCUGUGAACCUAGGCCCUCUGGUGGAGGGGGCAAAUUUGGUACCUGCCCUCACUUGGGAUUUUGGGCUUGCUGAAAAUAAACAUUUUUCUUUUUC